UACCUCCAGGCACACGACCUCACCCCGACUUAUUGCUUUUUUUUUGUGAAAUUUACAAUUCCAUUGCAAUCAAGCUCGAUUGUCUUCGAUCCCCAAAAGACAUAAACAACCAUGGCUUCCGCUGACGUGCGCAAUAUCCCAAUCGAUCAGAUAGAUUCGACGUUCAAGUCCAAAUACACAGACCUCAUUUCCGCGCCUCUCGGUUCAGAAAUAGUUUCCUUUAGCGACGAAUGGUUCGCUGCUGCCUCGAACCUAAUCACACCUACACCACCGAUCCGCAAGCCUGGUGUUUUCGUACACUCCGGCGCCUGGUACGAUGGCUGGGAGACACGGAGACACAAUACUGAGCCUGCAGAUUGGGUAGUCAUCAAACUUGGCGUGGCAAGUGGGAAGGUAGCUGGGGUGGAAAUCGACACUGCCUUUUUCAAUGGAAAUCAUGCUCCCGAGAUCGCCGUAGAAGGGUACUUCGCUAAGAGCGAGGAAGAAGAGAAGGAACUAGCGAGUGCAAGUUUCCAGAAAUGGGAGACGAUAUUGAGCAAGCAGGAGUGUGGUCCCAGUCAGCGACACGGGUGGGCUUUGCCCAACAUUACCGAGAAGGCCUAUACGCACGUAAGAUUGCUCAUGUAUCCCGACGGUGGCAUCGCCCGCUUCCGCCUCUACGGUGUCGCUGUUCCCGUCUUUCCGCAGUCUCCAGGUGCUAUCUUCGAGCUUUCUGCGACCGUCAUGGGUGGAGUGGCUACUUCAUGCUCGGAUCAGCACUUCGGUACUAAAGACAACCUCCUUCUUCCUGGCCGUGGAAAGGAUAUGGGCGAUGGGUGGGAGACCAAGCGCACACGCGGCGAGCACGUAGAUUGGACAAUCGUCAAACUUGGUUCCAGAGGCGAAAUUGACCACAUAAUCAUCGAUACGGCGCACUUCAGGGGCAACUUCCCACAGAAGGUUCAGGUAUUCGCUGGGGAAUUCACCGAGGAGCCAAGUCACGAUGACGCGAAAUGGGUGGAAAUUUUGGAGCCACAAAAAUCAGGACCGGACAAGGAGCAUGAUUACAAGAGCGAACUGAAAGCUGUUCAAGGAAAAGGAUAUACUCAUGCGAAGCUUGUGAUUAUACCAGAUGGAGGGGUGAAGAGGUUCCGCGUAUUUGGAAAGAAGAUGUAA